AUGUUACGUUCUACUGUUUAUCAAACCUCAAUGGUACGCUUUGCUGCUUGUAGAUAUCCAAUUAUCGCUACUCGCAAUUACUCGAUUGUUGAUGCUGCAAAAGAUGUUUUAUCAAAAGCAAAUUCAAAAAUUGGAAAGAUGGCAGCAAAGGAUAUCGAAUAUGCUGAAAAAGCUGCACAUGGAGCAAAGGAGUCGGUUGAAAAGUUGAAUAAGAAAACUGGAGAAGUUCUUGCAGAAGGGAUUGAUUUGGCUCAAACUGCUAAACACCGCUCUGACGCUGUUUCUAAAGUACGUAAAAACAAAUUGGGAUAUGAUAAUUUGCAGGACAAAGGUACCAAAGUUGAAAGUGAACAAUGUAGACCUGAUGACGGCUUAUAA